AUGUGCUCAAUUGACAUGCUUCUUGACAUGGAAGCAGAACUUCUGCAAAAAAAGAAACGAAAAAGAAAUAUUAUAUCUUGCCGUGAGUAUUACUGUUAUAAGAUCCAAAUGAGGAAUGACGAAGAAAACAGAGUUUUACAUGCUGGGAGAGCAUUUCAACAGUACUCGGUUGAUCAAUUCAUCAAGCUUGAGACUCAAAGGUUAGAUUUAUAUUCACUUAACCAAGACUUAUUUCGAGUUGAUGCGUUAGCGGGGCUUCUUGAUGUUCUAAGACACGGAAAGAGAGAUUCAUCAAAUAUUGGUAAACAACGUUUUCUUCCUGCGAGUUUUGUAGGAGGUCCUAGAGAUAUGCGCCGAAGAUAUAUGGACGCUAUUGCAUUAGUGCAACAUUUUGGAAAACCUAAUAUAUUUUUGACAAUGACAUGUAAUCCAUCUUGGCCUGAAAUAGAAAAAUAUUUAUUAUUAACAUAUGAGGUACAAAAUAGGCCUGAUUUAGUUAGUCGAGUGUUUAGAGAAAAGGUAGAAGAGAUGAAAACAAAUAUAAUAAAGAGAAAUAUAUUUGGUAGAGUUGAUGCUUUUAUGUACACUAUUGAAUUUCAGAAGCGCGGUCUUCCACAUGCUCAUUUUCUUAUCAUACUCAAUAAUGAAUAUAAAUUGUUAACUGCAGAAGCUUGUGAUAAAAUUAUUUGUGCUGAAUUGCCUGAUCUUGAUAUGAAUGAUUACUUGUAUACACUUGUUACUAAACAUAUAAUGCAUGGACCUUGUGGUAGCUUAAAUCCUAAAUGUCAUUGUACAGAAAAAAGGGAUAUUGUAAGUUUGAAUAUCCAAAAGAAUUUGCUGACCACGUAUCAAAGGGAAAAGAUGAGUAUCCAAUAUAUCAAAGACGAAAUACCGGCAAAGUUAUACAUAUUAGAGGACAACUUCUUGAUAACUCCUGGGUAG